AUGGCUGACAUUGAAGAUCUGGCAAUGCUGGCUGGCAAGUAUGAUGCCUCGAAAGUUGCCGCCCCAAAGACCCUGCAGGAGGUGGUGUCCACUGGCAAUUGCAUGGGGUGCGGGAUCUGCGAGAGCAUCGUAGGGUCAGAUUUCAUCAAGAUGGAGGUCCUUCCCCCGAAGCGGCGCAUGAGGCCUGUGUUCCUGAAGGAGGCACCCGCGGAACUCGCCGCCAAAGCUUUUGCGGCGUGUCCGGGUGCGCAGGUAGGCGGCAUGCCAGGCUGGAGGCCUUCCUCUGGGGUGGAAGCAUUUGUCGGGCAGGCAAAGUCCAUACAGAAAGGCUUUGCGACCGAUCCCGAGACCCGCUUCAAGGCGGCUGCUGCGGGUGGGCUGACCUCCCUAGCCACGCACAUGAUCGAGUCCGGCCAGGUGAAGUUCGUCCUCCACGUCAAGGCAUGUGCCAUGUACAGCGAUGUGGCCACACAAGGGUCCAAGCUCAGCUUUUCCAAGGCAGAGGUCUUCGAGGGGCGGGGCUCCCGCUACGGCCCCGUGGCCCCCCUGAAGUCACUGGAGGAAGCCCUACUGCGCGAAGAGCCCUUCGCUUUGGUGGCCAAGCCCUGCGACAUCAACGCAGUACGUAAUUAUGCCCUCGUUGACCCGCGCGUAGACAAGCUCUGCAAGUGCAUGAUGACCAUCUCCUGCGGGACCUAUGCAGACAACGACUGCGUGGACCGCUUCCUGGCCAGCAACAAAAUUGCCAGUGAGGAAGUUGAGGAGUGGCGGUGGCGAGGCCAUGGCUGUCCAGGAAGUUGCCCCUACACCAGAGCGAAAGAUGGUCGUGAAGCCGCCAUGGACUACGUAGACUUCUGGUUUCUGAACGGCGCGGAAGCAGGGCCGCUGACCUACCAGUGGCGCUGCAAGAUGUGCGCGGACUUCAUUGGCUAUCAGGCAGACGUGGUCGUGAUGGACUGCUGGCCUGGUGGCCUACCUGAAAAGAAGAAGGAGAUCACGGAAGGGCGCAAGCACGAAUGGGAUGGCUGGGUCCUUAUCAUCGCACGGACUGACCGCGGUCAUGACGUGGUUGAGUCUACCAAGGCUGCUGGUCUUCUUUCCUUGGCUCCUGCCGAUGCGAUGGAGGUGCUGACAACACAGCCGCAUCAGGCGCGCAGAGCAGGCUCCAACUUCAUUCGCCGCGCAGCGCACGCAAAACAUGGUCAGCCACUGAUGGCUCUGGACCCCGCGGCGGCAGCUCGCGUGGCUCGCUGGGCAUUAGAUCCGUCUUUCCUGGGUGAAGUCCUGAAGACUGGCAAGCCGGCCCCGGAGGCCCCAGAGGCUGCCGAGGAGCUGAAGAAGCUGCUGGGCGACGACACUUGGGCGCAGGCACUCCUCCAACUUCCACAAGAGUACUUGGCGUAUCACUUGGACAACUUCAGGGGAGCCAAGAAGCGCUUGGAGCGCGGUGAUGCAAUCGAGGCUUUGCAGUGCAAGUUCUGA